CUGCCCCCUCCCUCUGUGCCUCCCUUUUGUCCACCUCCUCUCGAGCCGCCAACAUGUCUACUCUUGCCAAGCCUUCCCUCCUUAAGCGCGUUGUCUCCAUUCUGGAGCGCCACGCGCCGCUGGCCUUCGCCGGGUCCUGGGACAAUGUCGGCCUCAUCAUCGAGGCCCCCCAUGAGACCUUGGACUUCCUCCCCCCGCGCCCGGUCUCCGCCAACGCCACCCACGAGUGCAUCCUCCUGACUAAUGACCUGACGCUGCCGGUGGUCCGCGAGGCCGCCGCCCUCGGGGCCAGCGUCAUCGUCGCCUACCACCCGGCUCUCUUCGGCAAGACUCGCCGGCUGACCACGCAGGAUGACCGCCAGCGCAUCGCCCUGACCUGUGCGGCUCUCGGCAUCAGCGUCUACUGCCCGCACACCGCGUGGGACAGCUGCGAGGGUGGCAUCAACGACUGGCUGGCCUCCAUCGUCGGCCGCGCCUCGAGCCAGCCCACCUCCGUUCGCCCGAUCAGCCAGUUCACCGGUGCCGCGGCGGCCGCCGCCCUGGAGGCCGGCCAGCCGAACGCCGGCGAGGGCCGCAUUGUCACCUUCGCCGAGCCGGUUGCCCUGUCCUCCAUCGCCGACGCCCUGAAGGCGGGCCUGAAGCUGGAGUACCUGCGUUGUGUCCUUCCGGACCAGGCGACCCCGGUCGCGGCUGGCCAGCAGACCGUCAGCCAGCUGGCCAUCUGUGCCGGCUCUGGCGCUUCGGUGCUGGCCGCGGCCGGCCCCGGUGUUGACGGCUGGCUCACCGGCGAGAUGGGCCACCAUGAGGCCCUCAGCGCCGCGGCUCGCGGUGUCAGUGUCCUCCUCUGUGAGCACUCCAACUCCGAGCGCGGCUAUCUGACCGACGUGAUGCAGCCGCUGCUGAAGGAGAAGCUCCAGAGCGACCAGGUGUCGGUUGUGGUGAGCCAGGUCGACCGGGACCCGAUCCAGCUCUUGUAAGGGGACACUGCCUGGCUCUCGCCUCUUGCCCCCGCUCCCUGCGCUUCGCCGGCUAUGCGGGCCGCGACAUGCGCCUCUCUCUCUGUCUCUAUCUAUCUCUCUCUCUCUCUCCAGACGCACACCCAAUACAUGAGGAGCUUCCCGACUCUGACGCCUCGGGGAUCGCCCUUCGCGCACUGCCUGGCAAAAUACGUACACAUGCCAACCCACCCCGGGAGCAGGCGGACAUCGGCUCGGUGCUCACUGGACCUGCGCGCCGCGGCACCUCCCGUGACUGGCGAGCGGUCGCCUCGUGCUGACACCGAUUGACAAGCUCCCCCCACCCCCACCCCCUGGUGUGCCCGAUCUUCCCCGUGUCGCCAGCCGGGUCUAUCAAGAAUUGGACGAGGGAUUCCGCGGUGCGGGCAAAUGUAAUCUGGACGCCGGGCAGAAAGUGCCGCGAUCUGGCUGGGGCCACAGGCCCGGGAAGAGGAGGCCCAGUGCAAAUGAAUCCCUUUGCGAUGCACAUGGUGGUGGCCCCCUCUCGACGAUGGGAUGUGCAUUUCUUGGG